CACAUUGAAACCAAUGGCAAAUAGGUGACAGCAGGCGAAAAAAAAUAUAGGUUAUGUGAUUGUAAACAUUCUAUUUAUUCCAGCCUUCGCAUCGGAUUGAAACCGCGCCUACUUUCUCAAGUUUCCCAGUGCAUUGAUUCCGUACAUAGCUGUGAAUUAUAGUAGAGAAUAUUAUAUACAGGAAAAUGUCUGAAGCUCCGGUCAACAACAGCAACAACAACAACAACGAUAGCAACAACAACAUCGUAAAACAUCAGCAUAAAAACCAUCUCAUACAAAUUGGUCCAGCAGAAAGACAGCAAUCGCGCGUUCCGGUUAGUGUAUCUCCAGGUGACACAUUAAAUUCACCUCCCCUGCUUGUUCGCACCACGUCCUUAUCCUUUCCAAGUUCUUCAGGAGUUCACAACAUUUCAUUCCCUUCUCUGCCCCCCAAAAUCACAACUCACAAUCCAAUCCCAGUCCCUCCACGUACCUCUUCGUUGUUCCGUCCAACUUCGAUUGUGCAAAACGUUUCGUUCCGGCAUUCUGUUUCCCUCCCUCUCAGUCCUACCGUGCCACCACGCACGACUUCUCUGUCCCUUCCAUGUUCUCCUGUACAACCACCUGUGCCAAUCCGUCCUGAUCCAAUAGUUUUCGAUCAAUCAAGUUCCUUGCUCGAUUCUUCCGUUGCUUCGCAUGUUCCCGUCGUACCUCCUCGAACCAGUUCCUUACCCAUUUCCAACACCAAUCAUCCGAUCCUUAAAAAAAAUUCACCUGGAGAUACACAGUUAGAUCGUUUAGAAAAGAAAAUAGAUAUUUUAUCAAAAGUAUGUUGCCACACUUCACAAGAGGUCAGCCUAGUUUUAAAAAAUACAAGCGGCAUGAAAAAUUCUGAGAGCUUACAGGGACACUUUAAAAGAUUAGAAACCCUAGAAAUGCUUGAGGAAAUGGAGGAAAAACUGAAAACGAACAGCAUUUUCAUGGCAGAAACAAUAUACCUGCUUGUAAAUAUAUUGAAAGGUAUCAGUGAUGUUAAUGAAAGAUUAUCCAGCACGUUAGAUCUACUCUUUGAUAGAGAAUUCUUUUCGUUGUUUACGUGGUCAGGAAAAAGCAUACCAGAACCGAAACUACCUUUGGAAAAAUAUAUACAUGUAAUAGCUCUUUUCAAAUUUGUAGGCGGUAGUAACAUGGUAUCAGUUUCAGAUGGAACUGUGAAAGAUUUUCUAGUAAAGAAACUUAACCAUGGAAAGGCACGAAGUGAUGUGAAAGGGUUACGACAUACGGUAAAACGUAAAAAAGAAGCUUAGAUUUAGAUAGAUAUAAUGGUCCAUUAAUUGUAAAAGUUUUUUAUUGAAUUAAUGAUUUAGGCAUUUAUACAAUUAGGAUAUGAGUUGUGAUUCAAGUUGUGAUAUGAACUAUGUUGGAGUAAACGUAUAUGAAUUUAAUAAGUAAAAAUU